GACACAGAAGGGGACUCUCGGCUGGUGCAGGCGGAACCCAAAGAGAUUUAAUCAGCAAUUAGAAACACCUGAGGGGCAAAAGCAACCCUACCCAGGGCCUGAGGUUCAUCUGUCACCCAGAAUCAUUGUGAAAGGGAAUGGAUUGAGAAUAGAGAGAGGCGGCGUAUCUUGUCCGAUUCUGCACUGCCGGCUGCUAGGAAGGAUGACCACAGAUGAGCGGCAUCUCACCUCCAGUUGUGGAUCCUUCAUCAAAACUGAGCCCUCCAGCCCAUCCUCUGGCAUUGACGCCAUUAGCCACCACAGUCCAAGUGGUUCGUCCGAUGCCAGUGGUGGUUAUGGCAUCACUAUAGGUGGCCACCCCAAUGGCCUGGACUCACCACCCAUGUUCAGCAGUGCAGGGAUUGGAGGUGGGCCUUGCCGCAAGCGAUACGAUGACUGUGCCAGUGCCAUCAUGGAAGAUUCGCCCACCAAGUGCGAGUAUAUGCUCAACGCCAUUCCCAAGAGGCUGUGUCUAGUGUGCGGGGACAUUGCAUCCGGAUACCACUAUGGCGUGGCUUCCUGCGAAGCAUGCAAAGCUUUCUUCAAACGAACAAUUCAAGGGAACAUUGAAUACAGCUGUCCAGCCACCAAUGAGUGUGAAAUCACAAAACGGAGGCGCAAGUCCUGUCAGGCGUGUCGCUUUAUGAAAUGCCUCAAAGUGGGGAUGCUGAAAGAAGGAGUGCGUCUGGAUCGGGUUCGUGGAGGCCGCCAAAAGUACAAAAGAAGGCUGGACUCUGAGAGCAGCGCUUACCUGAGCUUACAAAUCCCACCUCCGGCCAAAAAGCCAUUGACUAAGAUUGUCUCCCACUUGCUGGUGGCGGAGCCAGAGAAGAUUUAUGCUAUGCCUGAUCCUACCAUGCCGGAGAGUGACAUAAAAGCACUGACCACACUCUGUGACUUGGCAGACCGAGAGUUGGUUGUGAUCAUCGGCUGGGCAAAGCACAUCCCAGGCUUCUCUAACCUUUCCUUGGGGGACCAGAUGAGCCUAUUGCAGAGUGCCUGGAUGGAGAUCCUCAUUCUGGGCAUUGUAUACCGCUCGUUACCCUACGAGGAUAAAUUGGUCUAUGCUGAAGAUUACAUCAUGGAUGAGGAACACUCUCGCUUGACAGGGCUGCUGGAGCUCUACCUGGCCAUCCUGCAGCUGGUGCGCCGGUACAAGAAGCUGAAGGUGGAGAAGGAAGAGUUUGUCACACUCAAGGCCCUGGCUCUUGCCAAUUCCGAUUCAAUGCACAUAGAGGACAUGGAGGCUGUGCAGAAACUCCAAGACCUUCUCCACGAAGCCCUUCAGGACUACGAGAUGAGCCAACGUCACGAGGAGCCACGGCGUGCAGGAAAGCUGCUGCUGACCCUGCCCCUCCUGCGGCAAACUGCCGCCAAGGCCGUGCAGCACUUUUACAGCAUCAAACUGCAGGGCAAGGUCCCCAUGCACAAACUCUUCCUAGAAAUGCUCGAGGCCAAGGUCUGACAGCCCCCCUCACAGUGCCCAGGAAGCAAACUGGAAACAGAGGUGCAGCCAUGGAGCAAACCAAACGGAGGUGGCAGCUGGCUCUUAUCUCCAACCAUUUAUUA